AUGUAUCGUCUCAUCGGCUGUGUGUUGCUUUACGGCACUCUUACCACGGGUUUACCAUUCCCGUUUCCUGGUGUGCCCGUAGUCCCACCUACUCCAGUGAUUCCGACACCAUUUCCCUUCGUACCAGGAUCUACGCCGAUAGUACCAGGUGCCUAUGCAGGUAGACCAGUGGUUCCUACGGCCAUACCUUUUGCACCCGGGGCAGCACCUAUAGUGCCAGGAGUCGGCAGCCCUUAUUACAACUACGCUGGAGCCCCAGCUAUACCCAUUCUGUCUUAUUCGAAUGAGCAUGGCUUAGAUGGCACAUAUGCUUUCAGUUUUUCAACUGCCGACGGCAAGCAAGCACAAGAAAGUGGAUACUUGAAAGAUGCCUACAUUGACAACACAGGAAAUCCGCAAGGGACUCAGGUUGUUCAAGGAAGUUACGCAUACGUAUCUCCCGAUGGAACACCGAUUCAAGUCAGCUAUAUCGCUGACGAAAAUGGGUUUAGACCAUCAGGAGUUCAUAUACCAGCUGAUGGAAAAGCUGUAGCUCCCAUAGUGCCUGUGGUAGACCGUGUCAAUAAGCCGAUCUUCGAUCCGACCUACAACCGCUACGAUCCAUACUUAAACAGAAACAGAUAUAACACAUUUGGCCAAUACAAUAACCGGGCCUAUGACCCACGAUACCCUUACGAUCCAACAAAAAUCAACCCUUACUAUAACAAUAAUUACAACCCUUACCAAAUCAGAAACAAGAAUUCUAACCAAGAGGCUAAAAAAGACUCCAAUCCGCAGCGAUGUGUAAUUGCGACAAAAGUUUUCGGUAUAAAAGCCGGGGGUGAAUCCAAAAUGCAUCAUUACAUUGCUUUUGUAUUACAAGCAUUCAUCUUGCAACUGUUUUGUACUUGGAUCAUCAUGAAGUUUGUUAUUGUACUCGCCUGCCUGGUUAGCGCAACCUACGCUGACGUCAGCAGCUUCCAGCCGUUCCAGCAGCAGCCGUUAUAUCAACAGCAGCAGCAACAGCCGCAGUACACCACGGAACCAAUCCCCAUCAUACGACAAGAACAAGUGCAGAACUCUGAUGGAUCUUAUAAGUGGAGCUACGAGACUGGCAACGGCAUAUCAGCUGAAGAACAGGGCUACGUGAAGAACCAAGGUAUCCCCGAACAAGAGGCCCAGGUUGCUCAGGGACAGUAUCAGUACACAGCUCCUGAUGGACAGGUGAUUCAAUUGCAGUACUUAGCCGACGAGAACGGCUUCCAGCCCCAAGGAGCUCACAUCCCCACUCCGCCGCCAGUCCCCAGAGAGAUCCAAAGCGCUCUAGAUUACCUCGCCACUUUACCCCCACAAAACCCUGACAAUAGAGAAUAUGCCAGAAACUAGACAAGAUUUGUGUACCAAAUAGGAUUUUACACAAUUGCAAAAUAGCCAUAGGUAGGUUACUUGGGCACUCUUGUGAUACCACAUCAUUAAUAAAAAUACAAAAAAAAAGUUUGAAGAUAGUUAUAUUUUUGUACAUUUUACAUAAUAUAUUAUGGUUUUAUGUUAA